GCUGCCUUUGUAUUUUGUUGUUCCCAUAUGUGUUUCUGAAGAGAGUAUCUUGAAGUACGAAGGCAGAGGAAUACCUAUUUGGUGUUGGUCUUGCCAUAAUGGUGCUGCUCUUCUCAAAAUGUCUGCAUUUCCCAAAGAACAGGAUGACAGCACUUCACAAAUGCAAAAAGCCUUCUUGGAUGGAAUCUAUAAGACAAUUAGCAAACCUCCCUAUGAACUCCUGAAGACAGAUGACUUGUCAAGCAGCCUUCCAUCUCUGCAAGAUAUCCAGACUGCAUACACAAGAUUUAAACAGCUGUUUUUGAUAGAUAACAGUACAGAUUUCUGGGUAACUGAUGUGAAAUGGUUUUCAUUACUGGAAAGCACAAACUGGCUAGAGAUAAUCAGGCGAGUCUUGAAGAAAGCAAUAGAGGUUGCUGAGUAUCUGGAAAGACAACAUACAAACGUUCUCCUUAUAGAAGAGACCGCUACUGAUCUGUGCUGUGUAAUCUCUAGUCUGGUUCAAGUGAUGAUGGAUUCCUACAGCAGAACAAAGUCAGGGUUUCAGAGCCUUAUUCAAAAGGAGUGGGUAAUUGGAGGACAUGGCUUUUUGGAUCGUUGUAACCACUUACAUAAAAGUGACAAAGAGGAGGCUCCUGUUUUUCUGCUUCUGCUAAAUUGUGUUUGGCAGUUGGUACAACAGUAUCCUCCAGCAUUUGAGUUCACAGAAACUUACUUAACUGUCUUGUCAGACAGCCUCUAUGUGCCUAUUUUUAGCACUUUCUUCUUCAACUCGCAACAUCAAAAAGACACUAAUACGAGUGGUGAAAGCCUCAAGACACAAAGCGGCCCUUUCAGAUUUCUCACUGUGUGGGACUGGUCUGUGCAGUUUGACCCCAAGGCCCAGGCUUUCCUGAACAACCCUCUGUAUGCAGAGAAGCCAAAACCAGAUAAAAGUCAACGGAAAACUGCACGAUUCAAACAUCAACGGCAACUUUCUUUGCCAUUGACACAAACAAAAUCUUCCACAAAGAGAGGAUUUUUCAGAGAGGAAACAGAUCAUUUAAUUAAAAACAUUCUGGGUAAAAGAAUUGGCAAGUUCAUAAAUUCUUCAGAUGAACCUCCUAAUAGCUUCAGGGAAUUUUAUGACAGCUGGCAUAGUAAACCUGUUGACUAUCACGGUCUUCUGUUACCUCGCAUCGAUGGCCCUGAAAUCAAAGUCUGGGCACAACGGUAUUUACGGUGGAUUCCUGAGGCCCAGCUUCAUGGUGGUGGUACAAUAGCCACAGCUGCCAAGAUUUUGGACUUGAUGGAGGAAGUGCAAAGCUUGCAGGUGAAAAUGGAUGAACAACAUAGUCAAGCUGUUUCUGGAGGUGUACAUUCUGUUCCACUGCUGAGAAAUUCUGCCCGUUUGUCAUCCCUAUUUCCAUUUGCUUUGCUUCAGAGACAGUCUAUCAAACCAGCUUUACCCACUAGCACCUGGAAAGAUUUGGAAGAUGAAGAUGACUUGGUCAAGAGGGAUGAUGAAUUUGUUGAUCUAAGUGGUGAUAUGUCAUAAAGUGUAUAUAAAUUAAAGUAUGACUUGUAUGUGGCUAAGCUCUGAGUUUUAAAUGUUGUGUUGUAUCCUCAUAUAAAGAACUCACGCAUCCAAGCCUCUGCAGCCUGUUAAAUGGGUUUGUGGAGUUUAAA